UGCUUGACAGUGUUUUUAUUUUAUUUGUAGUUCUAUUAUUUUGUUUUGUGGUUUAUAUUUUACGAAUACUUGCGAAAGCACUGUCAAAAAGUCAACAACGAACGGCAUAGUAAUUAAAUUAGUGCAAAUAUUUCACAAAAAAAGUCAUUACAAAUUGUUGCGAAAUUUAUUGGUGUUUUUUGUUUUAAUCAACCGGCGCCUUAGGUAAAAAUAAUGUAUUUACCUCUUAUUUAUGUUCUUUCGGGAGCAGUGAACGUUCUAGUACUGAAGUGGAGUGACACUUUGGAAGGCGAAUGUAGCGAUGGAAAAUGGCGUCGCUUCCAACACCCUCUUGUGCAGACUGCAUUUAUGUUCCUAGGUGAAUUUCUUUGCUUUAUCACAGUCUUCAUCUAUAAAGGCAUAUUCUCUUUCCUUCGUCGGCGCGGGCAAAUGAGUGCUGAGGAUGAAAACAUACUGACCAGAGGCGAAUUCGAGCUUUCGCCUCUACGCCUUUUUCUACCUGCAGCGCUAGAUGUAAUAGCCUCUAUUAUGCUACUUACAGGUCUCUAUUUGACCUAUGUGUCAAGUUUUCAAAUGCUAAGAGUUGCGGCUCUCAUAUUUGUGGGAAUUUUCAGUGCCAUUCAUCUUAAUCAAACGUUAUCCGCACGCCAUUGGAUGGCUAUGUUCACUAUCAGCUGUGGUAUUAUGGUUAUUUUAUCCAUUGACGUUCAGCGUGUCGGAUAUGAUCGCUUUUUACUACCCAAUUGGGAUAGUAAUGCUGUAUUAACUGGCAAUUUGCUCGUUCUUUGCGCACAAAUUUUCCAUGCUGGCAAAUAUGUUUACGAAGAGAAAUUCCUUAAAGGCACGAACAUUCCAACCAUGUUGGUUACAGGUUGGCAAGGAGUUUUCGGCCUGUUAAUAACAAUUUUAGUUGGUGUAUGCCUGAAUUUCUUACCUUCACCGGUGCCACUGAAUCAUAAUAGUCGUGGCGUUUUCGACGAUCUUGGCGAUGUUUUACCACAACUUCGCAGUAAUCCAACACUGUGGGCACCACUAAUUAUCUUUAUCUUUUCAAGCGCGUUAUAUAAUUUUACAUCUUUAACAAUUAUCAAGUAUUCAUCCUCAGCAAAUCGACUUCUGGCCGAUGGGCUGCGUGUACUAAUUAUUUGGUGGAUGGCAUUUAUGCUAGAAUGGGAAAUGUUCAACUUCAUUACGGUUAUGGGUUUCAUAAUCUUACAAAUGGGUACAGUUGCCUAUCGUAAUGCAAUAUUUAUCGAAUGGUAUCGCUCACUAAUAGCCAGUGUGAUGCGCCGACGAUACGCUGACCUAAGCAACGAUACUGGUAAUGACAAUGGAGAGCCUGGCGUUUCGACAAACCGUCCGGCAGAUGCUAUUUAAAUGACUGCAAAUGAAUUCGUGAAAAUUGAAUUGUUGUGAUAUGAUAAAUUAAAAAUAAGUUUUUUUUUUCUUUCCGAACUAAUUAGCGAAGACAUUUUCAAUGAACAGUAUAUAACCUGUUUAUAUGUAUUCAUUAUUCACAUGGACUUAAUAAUUUAAUGUUAACACUAUAUUUUUCUUCAUAUAUUAACUGAAAUUCGGCGACUUUAUUAAACAUGAAAUAUUUGGAGUAAUUUGGCCGCUGGUGUCAAAUAUGGGAGAGACAAUAACUGAAGGGUAUAAAGUUAAUACAUUUGUAUACAUUAAGGCUUUAAUACACUCACCAUUUACUCAGUUUCAUAAUAGUUAUAAUAAAAAGGCACUAUGCUCCGAAGUCAUUUGGAUUGUACGUAAAUUAAAAUAUUUAUUUAAUAAAAAAUUGAACUGAUUAGGUGAUUUAUUAAGCAUGAAAUGAACCGAUAUUUGACAAAUGAAGAGUAGUUAGUGUUUACCCUUUUUUGAAAAUACAUGUGUAAUAGUUAUUGAGAAAAAUUAAAUAAAAACACAUGAUUAA